GCUCAUGAAACAAGUUUACGCUUAAAGCAAGCCAGUAAUUGAUCUUUCCCGUUCGUUGAUGAGAGAACACGAAAAAAAAAAGCCUGUGCUUCAAUGGUAUACAGCGACUACGACAUAGAUGAUUAGCGUUUACAUUUAGGAAGAUACCUAGCAAAUUAUCACGAGUGUGCCUCCAUUCAUUCGCUCUAUUCGAUAGCUGAGUAGCAACGUAUUCGUACUGUGUGUAGUAGCGACAAUAAGAAUAAAUUCUAUCCUCUGCUGGUGUGUUCUUUCAUAGCGACAUCCUGAAACACAAACAAUUCAAAGUGGCACAAGAGACAAAGGGCGACACCUGUCAUGUCGGAGAUAAACCACGUGACACAUUUAUACCGUAGUGACACCCAUCACUCCUUAGGUUAGAUGACUCUUUUCAACCUUUCGGCCAAAACUCCUAAACCAACAUGCCGUCGGACCAGAAUGUAAAGAUGGGUGAAACGAAAAUGGAGGACCUUGCAGCUUCCGGGGCCUUAUGCUCUGCAAAAGUAUCGCACUCGUAUAGCAACCAUGCAUUGCAAAUCUUUUCCUUGAGGUAAAUCCGCAUUACAAAUUGUCUGUCUCAUGCUGAGGAAAUUUGUAAUGCAUUUAUACGAGUGCGAUACUUAUUUUGCAGUUCAUAGGCCUCGCCCGUCCAGCCCCCUCCCGUGAAAAGGGCGAAGUUAAAUCCGAAGGUAAAAAUGGAGACGAAAAACAACGACAAGGCCACCGGUAUCCUGAGCAAAAACGUCCCCGCCCCAUAGUCAAGUUGCAAACUCUGCAACACAAAUCCAGAAGUUUUGGGAGCCACGCAUGACAAGUUCGUCUCUGUAUUGUAGUGCAUGUUAGCAAGGACAGCCGCAUCACAAACCCAUCUCCUGAUCCUGUUUACAGCAUUACAAAUACCAAAACAAGACUAGAAAUGUUGGCUCUCAUGGGGAUGCGCAUUACAAGUCUUUCUGUCUUUGCAAAUCUGCAUCACAAAGCUAGGGCGGGGACGUUUUUACUCAGGAUAGCCACCGGCAGCUCCAAAGAGAGCGGUGGUGCUGGUGCAUCAAAUAAGGAGGAACAGCAAUAUUCCAAAAUGACGCACCACGAGCACAUUCUAGCCCGGCCAGAUACGUACGUGGGGACCCGGCAGGAGAGGAAAGAGAAGAUGUUCGUGCUGAACGCAGCGGGGGAGAAAUUUGAGGAGAGGGUUCUCAGGUAUAAGGAAGUUGUUGUACUGCAUGGCGAGAACAAUUAUUUGUGAUGCAAAACUCGCGGCCUGAGGCAAAGGCGUGUAAUGCAUGAAGACGAUGAAGCUCUAUACUUUUGCUAUCAGGUACUGUCCCGCCCUGUACAAAAUCUUCGACGAGAUCCUGGUAAACGCCGCGGACCACAUGCAGCGCGACAGCACCUGCGACGAAAUCAGAGUUGAGAUGGACACGAAUACCGGGAGAAUCUCCGUCGAGAAUAACGGGUCCGGGGUCCCGGUGCAAAUGCACGAUAUGGCUUGCUCAGAUGUUGCAAUCCCAAACGUUACAAUAGAAUCUGAAAUUUGUCUUGCAUAAACAGCAUGAGCCUCAUACAGAGGCUUGGGCUUUUCGCAAUACAAAUUUCGCCAGAUGAUUGAUGUCACGGGGUUCCGAAACUUGUCAUGCGCGCUCCUGUGGCAGUAGGCCAGAUGUUGCGCAUUUUGCAACACAAAUUUCAGAUUGUAGUAUUGUAACGUUUGAGAUGGUAACACCUGAGCGGGUUAUACACGAGGAACAGAAAAUCUACAUUCCAGAGUUGAUUUUCGGCAACUUACUCGCCGGUGAUAAUUUUAACGACGACAAGCAAAGAGUAACCGGGGGUAGGAACGGGUACGGUUAUGCAAGAAAAAAAUUGUGUAAGUGUAACUCUGUAAUGCAGAACAUGCAACAUAGUAUACACCUGUCAUGCCAGACAGCCAUGAAGUCCUCUUUUCCUGUGUGUUUUCCCUUACAAUCCACGCAUGGCAGGUUUUCUCUGUAGUCAUGUAGAGCAAAUUUGUGAUGCUGUCAGCCAAAGAACAAAGUUACACUAACACAGUUUUUUUCUUGGAUAACGGUGCGAAGUUGACGAAUAUCUUCUCUUCCCGGUUUAUGCGAGUGUCAGGAUCGAAAUCAACAAAAUCGAAAAACUUGUAAUGCAUAAAAUGUAUGGCACGCGAGGCCUGUAUUGCGGGGCAGGCAAAUGAGGCCGAUUGUGAGCCUGUUUAGGGGUAUGGAAGUGCUGCAAAAGUGGCUUGACAGGAGCAGCCUUCUCUGCGCAAACAGCAUGACAGACUGGAUUUGGGUGCUCCCGAAAUUUGUCAUGCGCCACUUGGAAACUGAGGCUCCAACUGACAUCGAUUUUGUGCAUCACAAAUCUUUCGAUAUUGUGAAUUUCGAUUCUGACACUUCCAUACGGUUCGAGUUGGAGACGGUGUGUUUACGACACUUGAAGUCCUAUAAGCAGGUCUGGACCAACAACAUGAAGAACAAAUCGGAACCGGAAAUCGUGGACUUCUCAAAACCUGAACACGCCGAGAACACGCCGACGGAAGCGAUGACGAAGAUCACGUUUUACCCGGAUUGGCACUACUUCCCGCAAUCUGGUUUGACGGAGGACACGGCGGCUCUGUUUCAGAAACGGGUCUACGACAUCGCCGGGUCGACGGAUAAAAGAGCGAAGAUUUUUCUGAACAAGAAGGAAUUGCCGAUUAGAACGUUUGAGGAUUUUGUGAAGAUGCACAUACCAGAAAAUAAUGUUGCUCCAGCACAACAAGCAGCCGCAACUUCUUCUGAGCAACUACCCGCACCAGCGGGGGCUGCUGCUGUGGUCACAGCCGGGCAAUCCUCAUCCUCCAGCUCCUCUACGAACGCAAAGACUUUUCCUAUCGUGCCAGUGAAACAAGAAGCAGACGUGGACGACCGCUCCUCCGCCGCAUCCACGAUGAACAACGACAAUAUCACGAACCCAGACUCUAUGACAGUCCACAACUCCGCCCCCUCCCCCUCAUCUUCUGUGUCGCAUGAGCAGCAAUACAAGCGUCAGCGUUAGUCCAGGUUUUACAUGACAAAUUUUGACAGGAGUCUAGUAGUGCUAUUUGGGCUGCUGCCAGAACUUGUCAUGCAAACAGUGCCCAGAGCCCAGGCGUAAGUUGGGCAUUUUGCAUGACAAAUGAGGGAAAGGGGGAGUUGUGCACUCUCAUAAUUUCCCUAGCCGUCGGCCCGGGGACCUACGCCGGGACCGUGGUGACGACUGGAACCGUCGAAACUGCGACCAACACAACUUUGGAGAAAACCGCCGCGGACAACGAGGUGGACGAAAACGAAAAAGUCCACGGGAUUUUUGCCCGCGAGGUGCUUACCUACCCCUCCGCACGGGAUUUCAACGGGAAGGCAUCAAAGAAAGCGAUCGAACUGAAGUGGGAGGUGAUCUUAGCCUACAACACGUUUGACGAGUUUAAGCAAAUUUCCUUCGUAAAUUCGAUCCGAACCUACAAGGGCGGGUCGCACGUGCAGUGGAUAAAAGAACAAGUCCGGAACAUUAUCAAAAACAAGUGUUUGAAAGAAGCCGGGAAGAAGAAAAUUAAGAAGGAUUUGAUCAAAGACUCCGACAUCGACGGCGAAAUUUACAUGUUUGUGAACGCGUUGAUUGUCAACCCGCAGUUUGAUUCCCAGUCCAAGGAAACUUUGAACACGAAACGGGACCAGUUUAAAACCGACACCGUUUUAUCCGACCAGUUUAACGCGGAGGUCGAAGAUUGCGCAAUUAUCGACACAAUUCUGUCCUACGCGAGCGCGGCUGGGGAGGGGGAAGCGGCGAAGGCGUUUGCAGUGGACCGGAAAGAGCGGGGAGACGACGCUGGGUGGAAUUUCGGGGGGAGGGCGAGAAGGUAUAGAAAAGUGGACUAUAUUGAUAUUCUGAGCUGUGAGUUCUUUGUCAUGCGGGAUGAACUUGUAAUGGAAAGUUGUGCUUGGCAUGUCGACCAUUCCCCAACAUGACAGAACCACAAAGUGAAAACCCUGUAUCUAAUAUCAGGCUCCAAGACGUCCCGAAGCUGGAAGACGCGAACCUCGCCGGCACAAAGCGGUCUAAGGAGUGCACGUUGAUCCUCACCGAGGGUGACAGUGCGAAAGCGUUGGCGGUUGCCGGUCUGUCCAUUGUCGGAAGGGAUCUUUACGGCGUAUUUCCCCUCCGCGGUAAGCCGAUGAACGUGAGGGAUGCGGCGAUCAAGGAUGUCACGAAAAAUAACGAGGUGAAGCAGAUCAUGAAAAUUCUUGGCGUGAAUCCCUUCGACAAGUCGAAAAUCCCGAAAAUCGACGACAUAUGCAAUGCAACAGCAUCGUACUAGUAUGAAUUGCAUUGGAAAUUAGCUGCCCAGCAUUACAUAUUAAAUUUGUAAUGCUGAUUUGCCUUGAAAAAGAGAUUUGUAAUGUAUAAAUGCAAUUACAACUACUACGAGUACGAUACUUUUGCACAGGAUACGACAUGCGGUACGGCUCUGUGAUGGUGAUGGCCGAUCAGGAUCUGGACGGUUCGCACAUCAAGGGGCUCUUGUUGAACAUGUUCCAGACCUAUUUUCCCCAGCUGUUGCACGACUUCGAGCACAAUUUUCUGAAGGAAUUCAUCACCCCGAUCGUGAAGGCAAGCAAGAAGCAGCCAAAUGGGGAGGUGGAAGUGAAAGAGUUUUACUCGCUGAUCAGCUACGAAGCGUGGCGACAAGAAACGGACGGGGGGAAGGGCUGGGAGUUCAAGUACAUCUACAUAGUGCGGCUCUGGUUUCUGUUGCUCAACAUUAUCUGCAUGGAGGUUGCAUUUUGAUGACGCGCAAAUUCUCAAAUAAUUGCAUGCUGUACUACCUCAGAUGUUGUGGUGUCCUUUUCCUUCAGAUGCUGCGUUCUAAGGGGUGUGGCGGAACUGGGUAGGGUGUGCCCCUGGAGCUAUCUAGGCUCAGUAUCAGUUCGCUACGCGGAGUCGUCCUGGAUUGCGUGGUGCUCUUGGGGCUAGGCUGCUAUGCCCAUGGGCUGUGGCCCACUGAUGUGGUUUUUAGGAAUGUUAUCCGCCUCUGCGCGGCGAUUGGCGGUGGUCGAGGGCUCGCAGGUCGGUCCUCCGGUCCCUCUUUGGUUCGCCCGAAUUCAUCUUGUCAGUUCUCUUCCCUGGGUUCUUCGGGCCGCCUGCGCUGCGGCGUGUGGGGAGGGGCCUUGAGGCAUCCUUGUAGGCUGUCUCUACGGUGAGGGACCGAGACGCCCUUGCCCUCUCUCCUCCGAUCACGCCAUAGGGCGCGUCGGGUUGAUGGUUCAGAUUGAUAGGACGAUAGGAACGAAGCGAAAUGCAUGCUGUACUACCUCAGAUGUUGUGGUGUCCUUUUCCUUCAGAUGCUGCGUUCAAGUUGAAACCAGCGCGAGAAUUUCGCAAACGGGGCGCGCGUGGACGCGUGGGCCACAAAGGGCCCGCCUUCAUUCUGAAGCUGUUUCUUUUUGAGAAACAAGGGGCCUACAUUCCGUCCAGAAACGGGACGAGAAGAACGCGCUUUGUGACUUCGGAAGAGUUUUCAUUUUGGAAGACUUCUCACUCCGGUCCGUUUCCCGCAGGGCUUCGAACAGCGGAGUGAGAGGUCAGCGACCUUCCGCUUCUGAAGCAUUUUCAUUCUGGAAAAGUGAGAAAUCACUGAUUUCUCACUUCUGAAAAGUUUCCAUUUUGAAAAAAGUGAGAAGUCACUGACUUCUCACUUCUGAAAAAUUUUCAUUUGGGAAAAGUGAGAAAUCACUGAUUUCUCACUCUGUUUCUCGAACACCUUCGAGAAACGGAGUGAGAAAUCAGUGAUUUCUCACUUGUGAAAAAUUCUCACUCCGGAGUCGGAGUCGCGUGUACUCUUUCCAGAGUGAGAAUUUUUCAAAAGUGAGAAAUCACUGAUUUCUCACUUCUUUUCCCUAAGCCUUUCGGAAUGUGUAGUGACUUGUCACUCCGAGUGAAAACACCGCUGAGCUUUCACUUGGUUUUUUGAGUGUCUUCUGGAGGCAGACUGAAAGCUCGCUGCGUGCGAAAAGUUGGUGGAGUUUCACUCUCCCACUUUUCCAGCCUAUUCGCAAAACGGAGCGAAAAAGCGCGGGCUUUUUAUUUCCUUCCUGAGGGGUUCUUUGGGCGAGCCCGGAGUGCAAAGUCAACGCGUUUUCGCUUUUGUUGACAGCGCGCAAAGUCAGCCGGUUUUGAUCGCCCGCCUAGGGAGAUUUGUUUUGUGCCGCCGAUCUUCGUGCUGCUGCAGAUGUUUGCUAAGCUUCAAAAGAACUACACCAGCGCGCCAAACCGAUCGACUUGGCAUGAAUUGCGUCCCCCGAGGGCGUUCGGAGAAGUUUUCCGGCGAAAAGGGGGGGGCUUUUGCGAGUCAUGAAUAAUUGCAUGCUGUACUACCUCAGAUGUUGUGGUGUCCUUUUCCUUCAGAUGCUGCGUUCAAGUCAGCCAUAGACGGACCGCUCUUUUCGCUCGAUCAAUGGGAGCAACAUCGCCACGGAAGCCUUUACUUUGGGUGCGCUGUAUUGCAUGCCAAAAGCAAAAACGGCACUGCGCGCGCCAGCACUGACAGGGGCUGCAGGCUGCCCUUGCAUAGGGCGCAGAACUACUGUAGGCCCCCUUCGCACCUGCUCGCGCGCUCUGUUAGUUUGAAUUGCAGUGGCUGGCGCGCUCUGCUUUGUUUCUGUGCUGAAGCAAAACAAUGAUGGGCGGUAGCGGGGUCAUGGGGUGGGGGAGGCGGGGCUUUCUCUUGAAUGAUUCACGGACGGGCAGCGUUUUUUUGCCUUUUCUGAGGAUAUUCAUUCGGGAGCCGGCUCUUGUUGUGAAUUUUCGCAAGAAGCGCUGCUUUUCUGGAUCCCGAUUUUGAAUCAUUCAGCGGCCGGGAGCAAGCGGCCGGGCCUUGCUUCCCUUUUUUUUGCCUCUAGGCACACACGCCGCAGGCCUGGGCAGAAGCCUGGCGCACACGCUGCCAGAUUGCAUUCCAGGCGCAGAACUACCUUGCUUACCGUCUAGGUAUGGGGUGCGUCUUGUUCUGAGUUGCAGAACGAAGAAAAACCUUGCAGGCGGCGGCAACGAAGCCAAGGCGGGCACGUAGCUGCGCGCGCAGGCACGUAGCGACGCCUAUACUUCUUCUCCCCGGUGCUUGUUGGCGCAGCUACGAUGCGCCGAUGAAACAAUGCGCAACUAUUUCCGCGUGCCGGAGGCGGAGGCCGCUGCCACGCCUCAGACCUCCGCUGGCGCCGUUGGCGUUGCUUUUUUUGCCGCGCCUGCUCGGUAGUUGCCGGCGGCGGAUCCUAGUUGUGGGUCUGCCAUAAACAGCGACUGUUUUGAAACUCAGGGCGUGGCUGUUGAACCCGGAAAACGUCGGCUUCGGUGUCGGUGACGGGCGUGUUUGAAAAAAUCAUUCUUCUGCAAAGUGUAAAUAUUCACGGCCGAUUUUGAAUAUAUUCAAAAUAGAUCCAUGAAGCUAAAUGGACUUUGUCCCUUCAUGCGCUGCCUCAGAUGUUGUGGUGUCCUUUUCCUUCAGAUGCUGCGUUCAAGGUGGAAGGUGCUGCCAUUCUUCUGGUGCAUUUCUCCCCCUGCCGCCGCUCUGAUGUCUGCAUCGGCAGAGUUGGAUGCAGAAGAUAGCAGAUGGACAGCACUUGCGUUUGGGUUUUUCGGUUUGGUCAAGGCAACAAGUCCAUCCGAACCCGCAAGCUUUGUCUUUUGGGGCUAAUGAGAAAACAUCUCCAACAUGGAAACUGCCCCACGUGGCUUACACCAUUGCGGGCGCUUCUUCUCAUUGGCUUGGUAUUCGAAAAAUGUCUGCUACAAACCCUACCAGAAAGUAUCGCGCGAUGCUAGCGAACGCUGUUACAGGUUCCGGCAGUUUCUGGGUAGAGGUAUCCCGCGAUAACGCGGAGGGCUCAGGUCUGUACCUAACGAAUUUGGGGGCAUUAGGAGUUUCAUUUGUCUGAUUUGUCUUUUGCGCUGGGAUUUAUUUCUCAAUGACAAGUUGGUGGCCGAAGUUUCUACUCGUAAUCGCAAAAGCAAACUCGAGUAAGGCACCAAGCGAGUUCUGCAGCUGUUUCUGCUUUUCGCACAUUUUCGCUUUUCGCGCAUGACAAACAGGGGCAACACUUUUGCGCUUGGGUGCAACCAUCGCAAUUGCACGCAACCACCGCCAAAGCUGUUGCUUACAGCUUGAAGAAGAGCGCUCUGCCGAUGGGAUCAUCGGUCAGAAUGAGUUAACCGCAGGGGAGUGGGGAUCUAGGAUGCACAAGAUGCGUCUGCCGCCCCAGAGAUGGGAGCGUAGGCAUUUCCUAGACUAAGAAUAGGGAGCGAUGAUAGCCGCAGCGCUAUUCUUUCGCUAAUUACCCCUAGCAGCCUUCAUGCCUUCAGCAUUGUUUGCUUCGCAUAUGUUUUGCGAACGAAUAAAAGCACUCCGACUACGCGUAUAUUCUUAGCCUACUAAAUGCUAUCGCGAUUGCGCGUUUUCGAAUCUCGGUCAGAAGAUUCGACUGUCAAAAGCCAGCAAGAGAUGGGAAGCGCAAGCUACUCAGGACGGAUCGCGCCUUGAUCCAAGUCCAGAGUAGGGUCGCUGCAUCUGCUUGUAAGAGCUCAGAAGUUUGCAUUUUAGGCAAGACACAUUUGCCAAGACAUGAGCAGCGCGCUCAUUGUAGACUUUACCAGUUUCCUAGGUUGCCUGCCGUGGGCCCCAUUAUAGCUAGACCGUCAGCACCAGCAGCAGCUGAGUGCAGCACUUGCUUUCAAGUGCAGCGUGAGCAUCUCUGACUCAUUUGAUCAGGAGCAGGGGAGUGUAUUGCGCAGCAACCUGUCUCGGACUAGAGCAGUUGCUAGCAUGCUCCUGAGAUCAAUGAGAUCGAAGAGAUAGGCUCUAAGUAUACCGAUAGGUAGACGAUCAAAUACUAGCCUAGAGGGGUCACGCGAGUAGGAUCACAGUACUAGAAUCACUAGGACCACAUGGGUCCUCACAUGGGUCACACACUACACCACUAGGAUGGUGACAGGAUGAUAACCAUGACAAUGGUAACAAUGUACAACACAGUGCCAGAAUGGCUUCUGGUCUACGGGCCAGUAGCUGGAAGAAUAAAAAGCCUUUUCUCUCCGUAGUACCUACUAGGUAGGUGCUUAGAUAGUAACUCUGUUCUCUAUCUUCGGACAGCAUGCUAGUGAGCAUGCCUAGUCCCUGACGCUUGAGACGUCCACAUCAGAUGUUGUGGUGUCCUUUUCCUUCAGAUGCUGCGUUCAAGUUGAAACCAAUUACCGAAAAAACUAUCAGGUACUACAAGGGUCUGGGUACGUCGACCUCCAAAGAAGCGAAAGCCUACUUCUCCGACCUUCCAAAGCACAAAAUCGAGAUUGUGUACGGAGACAAAGUCGGAAAAGAAGUCACGGUGGAGGAUGAGACUGAUCAAGAAAAAGAACCAAAUAACCCACAGCAAGCAGGACAGAAGAUGAAAACGGUCUACGAAGACGACGACUUAGUCGACAUGGUUUUUCGCAGCAACCGCGCGGAUGACCGGAAAGACUGGAUGAAUGCAGCGGACGACACACUCGCGCUGGAUACGUCCUCUGGGACCAUCACGUAUCCAGGAAAAAAACUGUGUAAGUGUAACUUUCUUGGAGGAACAGCAUCACAAAUUUGUUCUGCAUGACAGAGAAAACCUCUCAUGCGUGGUUUGUAGGGGAAAACACAAGUAAAAAGAGGAUUUCAUGCUUGUCUGGCAUGACAGGUGUAACUCUGUUGCAUGUUCUGCAUGACAGAGUUACACUUACACACUUUUUUUCUUGCAUAUCACGGUGAAAAAUUUCAUUAACCGCGAGAUGGUCCAGUUUUCCAAAUACGACUUGCGGAGAGCGUAUCAAAUGGAAAAAAUGUCUGGGUCUGGAAACUUGUGAUGCUGGGCGCCGUCUCAUGAUGAGGCUACAAAUGCUGGCUCAGCAUGACAAGUUUCUGAGCUCCUAGGUGUUGCCUAUUCUGCAUGACAAACUGCGCUUUUGCAUCACAGAAAAACGGAGCUCUUGGGUAACGUGCAUGACAGAUCUAAGAGUCAUGCCAGACAAGCAUGACAAACAUGAAUUCUUCCAGACCCAGACACUUUUACAAUCCAUAGAGCGAUUCCGAGUGUAAUUGACGGAUUUAAACCAUCGCAAAGGAAGAUUCUCUUCGCCUGUUUCAAGCGGAAAUUGACGUCCGACAUCAAAGUCGCACAAUUAUCCGGCUACGUGUCCGAAAAAGCGGCCUACCACCACGGCGAGGUCUCGCUGCAGGGGGCGAUUGUGAAAUUAGCGCAGAAUUUCGUGGGGGCGAACAACAUAAACCUCCUUGUUCCCUCCGGUCAGUUUGGAACAAGGUUAGAGGGCGGCGACGACCAUGCGAGUAGUCGUUACAUCUUCACGAGGUUAGCGAGGACCGCGCGCGCUAUUUUCCCAGAGCAGGACGACGCAAUUUUGGAUUACAACAACGAGGAGGGUUUGUCCAUAGAACCGGUCUGCUACUACCCCAUCAUACCCAUCGUCCUUGCGAAUGGCGCCAACGGCAUCGGCACCGGUUGGUCAACGCAAAUCCCGCAGUUCAAUCCGCGCGAAAUCAUCAAAAACGUGCGGAACUACAUCGAGAAAAAGCCGUUUCAGGACAUGAAACCCUGGUACCGGGGGUUCAACGGCUCUUUAGAGCUGAAGGGCGGGGAGUCCGCGUUUCUCGGUUUGGACAACACGGGCGAAGCGCAGAUGCUGCAGAGCUCGGCCUUGGUGUACGAGAACAAGGGGAUAAUACGGGAGACAAGCAGAACCUCGCUGGCAAUCACGGAAUUGCCGGUAGGGACGUGGACCAGGAAAUAUAAGGAGAAGUUGCAGGAGAUGCUGAAAAAGGACGAGAAGGAUACCGAUUAUCUGAUCGCGGAUAUGAAGGAGCACCACACGGAUAACACAGUUCACUUCGUGCUACAACUCACCCCUGAGAAGAUGCUACAAGCGAGACAGGUCGGGUUGUACAAGCAGUUCUCCCUAGCCGGCCAGAUCUCCAUAUGCAAGAAAAAAACUGUGUUAAGUGUAAAUCUGUGAUGCAGAAAAUGCAAAACAGUUACACUUGUCAUGUUGGAAGUGCGUCAUAGGCUACUAUCAUACGCGUUUCCACGUACUAGCUGCGCAUGACAGGUUUUCCCUGCAAUACAAAACGAAUUUGUGAUGCUGCUCUUCCUACAAAGUUACACUUACACAGUUUUUUUCCUGGAUACUUCAUGAGCAACAUGCACUGCUUCGACAAACAGCACCAGAAAAUCCGGAAAUAUGAGUCCCUCAACGAGAUUCUGCUGGAAUUUUGCGAAGAACGGGAGCGGAUUUAUUUGAAAAGAAAAGCGUAUUUGUUAAGGAAGAAGGAGCAGGAGAUUUUGGAAAUGUUUUCGAAAUCCGUGUUUAUCAAACUUGUUCUCGACGACGAGAUUGAUUUGGAGAAGAAAUCCCAAGCGGAACUCGCGGUGGAAUUGGAACAGAGGAAGUUUCCGAAAUGGAAAGAAAUCCACCCGGCGGAUUUUGAAAUGUUCGAGGAAAUCACGAAGAAGAAAUUCACGCCGCGGGAGGAGAUUGGAAAAAUGCGACAAAAUAUCGACGCAACUACCGCUGUACAAUCCGAUUACAGCUACUUGUUGAAGAUGAAGGUCCACCAGCUGUCCGAGGAGAAAGCGGCGCAGCUACUGCAGCAAUUACAGCAGAAGGAAGCGCAAGCGGACGCGAUUAGGAAAACGGAAAUAAGCUCUAUGUGGUUAGGAGAUUUGAAGACGUUAGAAUCCGCGUUGGACGAGCAGGAUAAAGAAGACGGGAAAGAAAUCGCGCAGGCGAUGAAAAUAUCAAAUGCAAAAAUGUCUGGGUCUGGAAGAUUGCCAGGCUUGUCAUGCAUAUUUUGCAUGAGUUGUGAUGCCUGUAAUGCAUGGCCUCGCAUCAGAGAUUACGCGAGGGCUUUCUGAUGCUCAUACAGCAUGAGAAAUGCUCUCUCCGCGUAGCACGAAUUGCACCUCUUUUGCUGUUCAUGCAAUACAGAUUUUAUGUAGAGUCCAAAGGUAGCAUCACAAGUCGCGUCCUUCCAGACCCAGACAUAUUUGCAAUGCAUAGAAAAUGAACCGAAAGAUUGGAGAUAGCGAGGACAUGACCAACCACCCGUGUUGUCUGGCCCUGAAUAGUGAAUCCGGGAAGAUAAAGCAGAUUCUGCGACAAAAAUUAGUCAGUCGAGCGCACGGGAAAAAUAAACAGGGAAAACAGUUUCUGCUGAAAGAGGGGUUUGCGGUGCCCGAUGGGGAGAAGCUGAAACUGUUGGGUUGUCACAACUUCGACACAAUUCUCUUCGUGUUGUCGGAUGGGAUGGUGAUAUGGAUGUGUCAGAGUUGAAAUCGACAAAGUUGAAAUAAUUUGUCAUGCAUAAAAUGGAUGCCAGUUGGAACCCAGUUUCCAAGUGGCGCAUGACAAAUUUCGGCGGUCCCUAAAUCCAGUUUGUCAUGCUAUUUAGGCAAAGAAGAGCGAUUUUAUCAUGCUACUUUAGCAGCUCGAGCUGUAACCCCAAACAGGCUUACAAUCGGCCUCACUUGCCUGCUCUGCAACACACGUGCCUCGGGUCAUGCAUUUUAUGCAUUACAGACUAUUUCAACUUUGACGAUUUCAAACCUGACGCUUCCAUAGGUGAUAUCACUACCAGUGAUCUCGAUCAAGGAUGACGGAACAUCAGGAGCAGGGAAUGCGUAUGGAUUGCAAAAAUGUCUGGGUCUGGAAGAAUGCAACUUGUGAUGCGCAUUUCAGAACACAUAAAAAUCUCUAAUGCAUAGGUAGCAAAAGCUGCCCCCUUUCUGUCACCAAAGUGGGGGAUUUGUCAUGCGGAUUCGGCAUUGCGGAAGCUCGUCGAAACCUGUGAUGCUAGAGCUUCCAUGCCAGACCUUGUGUGUUAUGCAAAAACAGCAUGAAUCUUCCAGACCCAGACAUUUUUACAGUUGAUAAUGCAAAGGAAGAAGACGACCCAGACGCAGCCGCAGCGGCAGCCGCAGCAGCGGCGAAUGGCGGAAAACCGAAGCGAGCGACUCGCGCAACGAAGAAGAAGAACGAGAAUUUGCCGCGGCCAGUGCAGGACUUUCUCUCGUUCCAGGACUCGUGGCGGGCGCCGUAUUUGUCGGCGAAAGAGAUCGACACGCUAAAGGAAGCUAUCCAAGAAAAAAAAUGUGCACUAAGUGGGACUUUCUUUGAGGAACAGCAUCACAAAUGUGCUCUGCAGGACAGAGAAAUAAGCCUGUCAUGCCAAGCUAGUAUCAGUGAAAACAUAAACACGUACGAAACAAACCUCUGAUGCAUGUGUCUAGCAUGACAAGUGUGCGCGUCUUUCAUCCUCUGCAACACAGAUUUACACUUAAGUACACAGUUUUUUGCCUGCAUAGAAGCCAGUGGGAAAAACAAGCAAAUCCUCGCGGAGGUAGCCGGGGGAGAUCUAUGACAGUGCACAACUCCCCCUCCGCCUCAUUUGUAUAGCAUGAACGGCAACACGAAUACAAGCAUCAGCAAGAAUGCUGGUUUUGCAUGACAGAUUUGAUGGCGCAAGCCGUUCAUGCUAUACAAAUGAGGCGGAGGGGAGUUGUGCACUGUUAUAAGAUCCGAUGGUGGUCGAUGAAGAAAAUUUCAACGCAAAAGACCGGUGGAACUCCACCACGAAAGUCGUCGCCAUGGUCCCUGUCUCCGACGAAAGGUCCUGGGAGUCGGACAGUUUAAUCCUAGCGAGUAAAAACGGGCUACUGUUGAAGCUAAAGCUCAACACGGAAUUUUACCAAAAGCAACUUGUCCGGGGGUUGCAGAUGAUGAGGUUGAAGCCAGACGACGAAAUUUCCGGCGCUUGUUUGGUCAACGAGGACGACACGCUCUGCCUCGCGAAGCAAGACGGUUCAUUCCUCCACACCUCCGUCCGCGCGAUUCGCUUCGGGAACAAAAACGGCGCCGGGAACAAGUUUUCAUUCCUAACCAAGCAGAAAGUUUCAAAAGAACUCCGAGAGAAGUUCAAACAGGCCGCUGAUCCGGCGAAAGCACGGAAGGAGUUUUUGCAGAAGUCCAAGCCCGCGAAGUUGGUCGCGAUCUCCCGGGUGUAUAACGGUGGGAAGUUGUACGAUAAGACAAAGAAGAUCCAGGACAAGGACGAAUUUCUCUUAGCGGAGGGGAUUUCCAAGCCGUCGAAAAUUCUCACCGCGAGCUACUUCUACGCGCAGUGGCGGAUCAGGCAAGAUUUGAAGGAGAAGGACGAAAUAGGGGAAUCCUUGCUGAAAGCGGAGAAAACGAUUCCGAGAAAGUUAAAAGUCGCGAUCAACGAACUGUAUCCGAAAUUAACGGAUGGAGAAAAAGAGAAAUGGGUGGAGAAAGAACAGGAAGACACGAAAAGAUUCGAGGAGGAGAUGAAGGUGUUUAAAGAGAAAAUCAAGGAGCACAAGCAGGAACUGAGGAAUAACAAAUUUAUCAAGGGAGAAAGAUUGAAGGGAACAGUAGCUGGUUCCUUAGCCGGCGGUGCGAAGAGCUAUUUGUUUCAAGCAGACCACUUGUACGCCCAGGACAUAGCGAAGAACUACGAGGAAAAAAUGCCGGAUUUGGUGGAAAAAAUGAAAGCAGCCGAUCCGACCAUGAACACGAGCUCCGUGAACUUUCUCGGGCGGGUUUUCUUCGUGAAGAAACACAUCUGGCCCACCGUCGAUGAGGAGACGAAGAAACUUUGGGGGGCAGAAUCGGAAAAAAAAAUCGCGGCGUUGAAGGAGCAAGACGGGGCGGGGAGCAGUGCUGCGGUCGGUGCUGGGGAUGAACAGGACGAUGACCCAAUGCUCGGCCUAGACGGCGCAGGAGCUGUUGAUGAGGACGGGAACAUCAACAUCAAUGCCGCUGAUGAAGAAGACGGGGCGGAGAAUGAAGACGAUGAUGAAAAUGACGACGACGAAAACGAAAAUGACGAGGAUGACGACGUGAAAAGCAGUGGUGAAGACGACGAAGACGGCUCGGAUGACGACGGCAAGACGACCCCACGGUCCAACGCGGCAGGGGAACAAGGGGAGCUAGGAAAAAGUCUUGCUGCGGCGGGUGUAGUAGCAAAAGAGAUGAAUAACAACCUGUUAACCCAAAAACCAUCGAAAACGCAAUUAAAAGACAAGACCUGCUUUCUCUUCAUCACGAAAAAAGGCCGGGGACAGCGGAUCCCGGUACAGCAAUUCGCCAUCGAGCGGAAAACCAACACGGGAAGGCAGAUCAAAACCGAGCCGGGCGAUGAGUUACUGACGGUUUUGGUGCUGCACGAAGACCACUUUGACAACAACCAAAACAAGUCCUCAAGAGGACAGGGUGGGGGUUUGGCAAAGCCGAAAACGGGGGAAGAGUUUUUUUUGGAUGUGAAGAUCGAGGAGGAAAAGGAGAAGAAGGCAUUCAACGGAAAAGUGGUGGAAAAAACGGUGGUCGUCACCAACGCCGAAGGGAAGGAGGAGGAGGUUGUGAAAAAGGAAUACGUGAAAGACGUAAACGGGAAGUACCAGCUGGCGCUGUACCACGAGGCGAAGGCCGGGCUGAAGCAGAAGUUUUUGGAACUGAGCGAGGAAGAGAAGAAGGAAUGGGAGGAAAAAGCGAAGGCAUUCAACGAAGAAAAUGCCUCUGGUGCGAAAGACCUCUCUCAAGUGCAGAGCAUCCCCUCGGGGUUAAUUUCCGCGAGCCAACCGGGCGAAGACUCGGAUGUGGUGAGCGUCGUGCAGAAUAAGGGUGGAAAUGUAAAUGAGCUGCAAACGACCACUGCUGCUGCAGCAGUUGCUGCCCCAGGCCUUCCAAUUCUGUCGAACAAACAGCGACCGCAUCACGAGGUUCUGUUGCUAACCUCGGACGGGGAAGCUUGCCGCAUCAUUCCAACGACGAUUAACAUCUCCAAGGGGCUGAAGGUACUUACAAUACGACUCUUGUUGAUCAUUUAGAUUUUUUGUCAUGCAUUGUUAGCAUUAGGUGUAGUGAGAGAAAGAAAUCUGUGAUGCGGAGCAUGCGUGACUUCUCACAUCCCUUUAUGUUGAGUACGCCAGCAGGAAAUUGUGUUGAACCAAAAUCCCCCCUUCCAGAUCGCCAAAUCGCGUAGCAUUGCGAAGCUCCAGUCCGAGAGAUCCCACCUGGUUGACGCCAGCUAUUGCGUCACCUGGGAUGUUAUGCACUGCAAAAAUGUCGGGGACUGGAAGAGUCAUGCUGCUUUUGCAUGACAAAGAAGGUCUGGCAUGGAAGCUCAAGCAUCACAGGUUUCGAGGUCACAGGUUUCGAGAAGCUUCCGCAAUGCCGACUCUGAAUCACAAAAGCCCGACUUUGGUCACAGAAAAUGGGCAGCUUUGCUGCCUAUGCAUGAGAGAUUCUUAAUAUGUGUUGUGAAAUGCGCAUCACAAGUUUGCAUUCUUCCAGACCCAGACAUAUUUGCAAUCCACAGAUGUGCCAGAAAAGGCGAGCGACCGGAAGGCGCGACUGCAGGCGGAGCGGUUGGCGGAGAAGGAGAAUCGGCUGGAGACGGUUUUUGAGGACAGCGAGGAAGAGGACGAGGACGAGUGAUAGAUCAUGAAGGGAUCAUCUUCUGAAGGUAGUUCUAAGAUUCAAGAAUCCACUUGUUCUGUGGGCCACAUGGGACAUCUUUAUUUUCCAUCGCAGCGCCGAAAAAGCUCGCGGUAGGCCGUCGUCCGCUACGAAUGCUCUCAGUUACUCCAACAAUUUCAGGAUAAACUUUACUUCACUAACACUUUUUUUUCGAAACUUUGUCAGUACUCAUCACCAGCAUGCAGAAGCCUUUUGCUGGUGCUUAUCUGUUUAGCUUUUUUGAAAAACAAAAACGGGAAGAUUUUAGAUUAUUGAAAAUAAAAGUUUCUGGGGCGCCAACUUAAAAAAGUUGGCGAGGCUACUUCUACUCGGGCCUCAUUUGAUGAAAAUGAAAAGACGACUCUAGCUACCUAUUCCAAAAUGAACCUUUCUAGCGUCUUUCCGCAGUAGCGUCUUUCCGGAAGUGUCGCAAAAAGUAGUUUCGGGCACGACAAUUCUGUGGCGACAUGCUUGUAUGACGACACGGUAAAACUAAAAAUGCAAAUGUAUCCAUAGUGAUAGUCUUCAACUCCAACCCACUUUACAAUUUUUUUGCAAGAGCUCCUUUACGCAACGCACUGUCGCUGAUAGUCUGUAGCUGUCACGUUUCGUGCAGCUGCUCGACACCACACGACCGAGUAAACAGCAU